AUGGCAGAUCUCAAGUUGAAAAUCAAUGCCAGAAGAUUCUCUUCACCAUAUCGAAGCAUAAACAAUGACUUAAAUAUCCAACUCUUCCUUCACAAUGCACAUCGUUCAACCAACAGAAAAAAUUCCAAUAAACCAUCCAGUCAUUCCAAAUAACAUGAUUAUUCCUAGGACAAAAUCAAAAAUUAAUACUAACUCCAGUGCAUAAUCGGAGUGGGAGGAUUUGGGAGAGUGUGGAAAGUCAUACACAAACAACAAGUCUUCGCAAUGAAAGAGAUCAAUAAAGCAUUAGUACUUUUAAAAUAAAGUGUUCCAAGCAUUAUGACAGAAUUAAAAUUUUUAACAGAAUUGAAACAUCCCUUCAUAGUCAACGCAUAUUCAGCCUUUCAAGACACUCAAAAUCUCUAUCUUGUUCUCGAUUAUCUGAGCGGAGGAGAUUUAAGAUUCCAUCUAGGAAAACAAAGGAAAUUUUCAGAAGAAUAAACUAAGUUUUUUGUGGCAUGCAUCACAAUUGCCUUGGAAUAUCUACACAGUUAAAAAAUCAUCCAUCGAGACAUCAAACCAGAGAAUCUCAUCUUCGACAAUCAUGGCUAUCUACGCAUCACUGAUCUGGGAGUUGCAAUCAAAAAGCAUGCACAAUUCCCACAAAAUUUUGAGACCAGUGGCACUCCUGGCUACAUGUCUCCAGAAGUCCUCUUUCGCUAAGAUCAUGGCAUUCCAGCUGAUUAUUUCGCCCUUGGUGUCAUAUGCUAUGAAUGUAUGACAGGUAGACGACCUUAUCAUGGUACCAGAAAGGAUAUCAGAGAACAAAUGCUCCUCAAACAAGUCCAAGUCAAUAUGUCAGAUUGGUCUCCUGAAGCCAAUGAUUUCAUUAACCAACUUCUGUUGAUCAAACCACAACAGAGAUUGACUCAGCCCAGGACACAUCCGUGGUUCAAAAAUUAUCCCUUUGACUUAUUGGCUUCCAAGAAACUUCAAGCUCCUUAUUUGCCUGUUCGCAAAGACAAUUUUGACAAAGCACAAAUUCUUAUUGAGGAUGAAGAGAAUCAUCAGAUUAUAAAACUGAAUCAACAUCUUAUCAAAGAUAAUCAGCAUCUAUUUGAUGAUUAUAGAUGUCAAAUAAAUGAGAAGUCCAGAAGAAGUAGCAUUACAAAUAAGAUGUUUUUUUAGUUAUUUUGA